AUGGGCAGCAUGCGCAGGUGAGCAAAGUCUCACUUGCCUCCGGGAUCCCUUUCAGUAUGUACUGCACAAAUUGAUGUGGAGAAUUCUUUACCAAAAGUAUUUCAAGGGAAUCAUUUCGGUGGACUUGCGCGAUUGCGACCUCCUUAGUCUUUUUUACUGACGCUUCACAUGCUUGGCAGCGCAUAGGCUGUGUGGCUGAGGUUCUCGCAGAUUAAACACCGAAAGAGAGUACAGUUGCCCCAGCAGACCGCUAACCUGACGCCAUCGCUUUGCAUCACAGGAGAUUGGACGGCCCUAAUGUUCUUUAAAAUUGUUUCCCAAGUGUAUGCCCAAUUCUCCUCUGCUUUGAAGUAAGUUCCACUGAAACUGAUACGGGUUUAGUCUAGUCAGAAUGUGGCGCCCACCGGUGCAGGCCCGCUGUCCUCUUCGUGCUGAUUGUUCGGUCGAAUUCAAGACAGUCGAAGGCGAGGAACUUCAAACCACGCUGCAUGUUCUCUUCCUUUGUGGUGCUUAGUGCGAACCCAUUUGCAAAAAAUAGGUCAUGAGUCUCGGCCUAGGAUACCUCCAAAGAUGCUUUCAGACGAUGGAUGUUGAACAGUUUUCCGACGUCCUGUAAUUGAUGUGUAUCUGUUGUAUCUCCUCGCGGUAGAUAUCAUCAACUUGGUAGAGGAGACUGGGUUAAAUACUACUGGAACGAGUACACAAACCUGCUGCACACCGUUUGUCAUUGUCGAUGCUACGGAGAUUGUCCUGUUGCCCACUGCGAGAGUAACCAUCACGCCGUGAAACUGUCUUACCAUUCGUGUAAAUCGCCCGGAAAUCAGAAUUUCUGCCUGAUUCUCCAGAGUCCAUUUCGAUUCACUGUGUCGAAUGCAUUCGUCAGAUUUGUGACAGUCCGUGACUUCUUGCUCUCCGUCAUUUUUUCAUGCGGUCCUUCUGUCCGCACCACGCUCCUUGUCGAUUCGCUGUUGGGAGCGCGUAGGGUUUGUCUCUAUCGAGAAUCGAGCCGGCCCUUAUCAGCAGCUUCACUGUCGUAGCCUUGCUGUCUCUAUCCAUCAUAUAUACUGAAUUAUACUGAAUUAAAUACCCGCGUCUUCGCUUACUGUGUUGGUGUCCGUGUUUGGUGGUGCUCCUGAGGCGAUAUUUUUCGCGCUUAUUGCGUUUUGCUCUUCGUUUUUUGGACUGUGACACUGACAAAUUUCUUCUGGUCACCAAGGUUCUGCUGCACGAGCGUCCCUAAGUCAGAAAGCCUGUUUUUCUUUGGUUUUUUUGUUUUGGAUAUAUGCUCACCCUCCACAAGUUUCAUCUUCUUGUCUCGCAUUCUUCGCGGUAAUUGCGUACUUGUCACGAUUUGCUGGCCGUUUGCUGGAAACGUACAUAGAGCGGGCGCAGAUUCUAGACGCGAAGGACAUCUCAUUCCACUUAUCACCUAAAGAAGCGCUGGCGUGGUCGUACUAUUAUAGUUAAAUAGCUGAUAUUCUGUAAACAGUGGGAUGAGAGAAUUGGUAUAUUUUCGAUUUGGAGGUUAUAAUGAACUCUUCGGAUUUAAUGUGAGGAAUUAAAAUGAGUACUUAAAAUUCAGCGAGCUAAAAAAGAUAAUAUAAGUUUUACAAAAUGCAUGAAGUUUAUCCAAAAGUUUCUCAGCGGUCUGCAGAUUUCGAAGGACCUGAGUAACUUCAGGUCAUGGAGGAUUUGAACAAUUGUUUUCCUAGGCUGCAGAUAACCGCGAGUCGGCAGAGAAGUCAGUUGAACUGUGCUGAAAAUUUAAUUGUCCUUCACUCGGUUUCCUGACGAAUUUCGACACCUGAAAAAAAUCUAAAAAUGCACAAAGUAAUUCUGUAGGUACAGUUUCAAUGGCAAUAUUGGAAAGAAAAACUGCGACGUUGUAGCCAAACCAGUGAAGUCCCAGUUAGAGAACAGAAUAAUCCCGGUGUGCUCGUUCGGGCUUUCUUGCCCAAAUUUAGAGUCUCGAAUCCACCACACGACUUGUUCGCCACAUCCUGUCCUCUGCCUCUCCCGUGUUUUCUCGUCUUUGCCGUCUCCGGCCUGCACGUCUUACUGUCGCCAAGUCCGAGUUCGAGCACAUGCUUUUGAUGGGCAUCAUUCAUUUAUCAGAAAGUCCAUGGUCCUCACUCCUUCUUAUGGUCCCGAACGCCGCCAUUGGUGACUGGCGCCCCUGCAGCGAUUACAGGGCCCUGAACCACGUUACCGAACCGGACUGCUACCCCGUCCUGAAUCUUUAGGAUUUCGUCGGCAUCCUAUUGGGCAUAUCUGUGUUUUCGAAGAUCGAACUGGUCUGCGCUUACCACCAAAUGCCUAUCGCUCAGAAUGACGUUUCGAAGACUACCGUUAUCACUCCCUUUGGCCUUUUUGAGUUCCUGAGCAGACCACCUGGACUCCUCAACGUCUCUCUGAACUCCUAGAUGUUCGUAGGCAGACUUCUUUGCGGCCUACCACUUGUCUACGCAUAUAUCAAUGCCCUGUUGAUUGCUAACUCAACCGUCGAAGAAUAUGUGGAUCGUCUUGCAACGUAGUUUAAUCGCGUUGUUAUCAACCCCUCCAAGUGCGUCUUCGGUGUCCUCUUCCCAGAAUAUCUCAGGCAUCUGGUCUACUCCAACAGCAUCCAUCCUCUUCCAUUGAACAUCGCGGCUAUACGUGAUUUCCCGCCUCCCUCUUCCGAACGUCCGCGGCAGCGAUUUCGAGGCAUGGCGAAUUUAUAGCGCCGGUCCCCCCCCCCGCACUGUGUCGACACCAUCCUGCCGCUAGAGAGUCUCCCCUCGUGCUCGUGUUAACGGAUCGCGAGUCUCUUCCCCUAGCUGUCAAGUCCGCUUCCGACAAGCUCAACGCCCUGGAAAUUCGUCAAUUGGACCACAUUCCGCAAUUUACUUUAGACAUCCGUCACAUCGACGGGCCACGCAAUGAGGUGGAUGGCGCAUUCUCCAGGCCCUCCAUCGCUCUUCUCCAGCUUUUACCCGGGAUCGAUCUUGCUGAGAGGGAUGCCGAGCAAUGCGGUCUUGGCUCUUCCUGUGACGAGGACGUUUCCGGACUCCAACUUCAGGACCUGCCAUUGAAUACUGGAAACGGUGCCACACUCUGUGGUGUCUCCACCUCCUCCCACAGGCUUUUGUUCCGCCAUCCCUCCGCCGCAAAUUCUUCCCCCCGCACAACCUAUCCCACCUUGUGA